AUGGCGUCUAACAUUAGCGAUGUGCAGAUCAAGGCAGCUGUCUCGCAAGUACAGACCGUCACCCGCGACAACGUCUUUCCGGUAGUCUUCGAGACUUUCCUGAUGGCUUUGUUCACUACGCUCAUUGCCUACUUCCUCUACCAGCAAUCGAGCCGCUCAUCCUCAUCCAGAGCUAAGACUUCGAUGCUCUAUGUCGCCAUCGGCUCGUAUGUACUCGCGGUAGUGAACUGGGCGAUCGACAUUCAUGUACUCUGGUAUGAGCUCGCGAUGGUGAUCCCCGAGAUGCUUGCCGGUUUCGACGGGAGGGAUCCAUCCUAUUCAACUAUAGUCGCGCUGGAAUAUAUGCAGACGGUGCUGUACACAUGUAUCUUCUCGCUGAGCGAUAUCAUGCUUCUGUGGAGGGCAUACAUCUUGACUAGCCGUCCUCGGUGGCUGCUAUACACCUCUAUAGCGAUCAUCGUCGUUGAAGAUGUGUUCUACAUAGUCAACAUGAUGUCCCAGCUUUACUACUUCCCUUACCUCCCGGCGUCAACGCUCGCAGUAGCCUAUCAACUUAAUGCAUGGGCCGCGCCUGCUACGUUCGCGUUCACAGCGGCCACUCAGAUCUUCGCUUCUGUAAUCAUUGCUUCCCAGAUAUGGUCUUCCUGGGAUGAUCUCAAAGACUUGAUAUUAUUCCGAGACUCGAAGCGCCAGCACUCGCAGCUACUAUUGCUGGUGGUAGAGACAGGCGUCCUGUACUCUCUGCUCUGGAUCUGGGCCACAAUCGCGAUAACACCAUUGUCGCCAUCAGCCGCCUGGGAUACAGCUUCAGUAUGGGUUCCUUACUACCUGGUCCCGAUAUCAUCGAUCUAUCCCGUCGCGAUCGUGGUCAUCGUAUCGUUGAGACACUCUGUGUUCGACCGCGAUGCUCGGAGUGAGUCACGUAUGAAGGUGUCAUUUGGUGGGCUGCAGUACGGGGGACACACGACGGGGAGUACGGAAACGCAAACUACCUCUCUCGCGGUAACCGAUGUAGAACGCGGUGUACCGAGUCUAUUGAAGGCAGACAUCUCUAAACCGAUGCCAGCGGCAGGCAAUGGGGGUUCGCUAUCGUUGGCAGCAAAGGAGAUGUUUCCCUGA